GAGCGCUGCCGGGUGCUUCAGCCUGAAUGUGUAUGUCACAGCAGAACAGACAGAGCCAGUCGGCUCGAAAUGCAGCGGAAGCGCGACGGAAACACACACAUGGAGCCGCGGGAGGGACGAAACAACACUAUCUCCGUGGAAAUAGGCCAACCAUCCAUCAUCAUCAUGAUUUCGAUGCGGAACGAGAUGCAAAGAAGCUGCACAAGGCCUGUAAAGGGCUGGGAACCAAUGAACAGGCAAUCAUUGAAAUUUUGGCAAACAGGUCUUCUGAUCAGCGGCAAGAAGUGAAGCAAAAAUUCAAGACAAUUUAUGGAAAGGACCUAGAGAAAGUAUUAAAAAGUGAACUGAGUGGUAAUAUUGAGAAGACCGCCAUUGCCUUGCUUUACCGGCCCUGUGAGUUUGAUGCCCAAGAGCUCAGAAAAGCAAUGAAGGGAGGCGGAACCAAUGAGUCUGUGCUUAUACAAAUCCUAUGUACAAGAUCCAACCAGCAAAUACGAAACAUAAAAGAGUCAUACAAGAGACUGUUUGAAAGAGAUUUGGAGAAAGAUGUGAGCAGUGAAACCAGCCAACAUUUCAAGAAGUUUCUCAUCUCUCUGCUACAGGCGAACCGCGAUGAAGGACUUGACAUUAAUCAGGAUCUAGCAGGCCAGGACGCCAAAAAUCUGUAUGAAGCUGGACAAGGCCGAUGGGGUACUGAGGAGUCGGAGUUUAAUGUCGUUUUGGCAACAAGGAACUACAUGCAGCUAAGGGCCACAUUUAAAGCCUAUGAAAUUCUGCACGGGAAAAACAUUGAGGACGUAAUUAAAAGUGAAACAUCCGGAGACCUGAAAAAAGCUUAUCUGACAAUAGUACAGUGCAUUAAGGACUGUCAAGGAUAUUUUGCCAAGAAGCUUUACAAAGCCAUGAAGGGUGCUGGGACAGAAGAGGAUGUGCUGAUCCGAAUUCUCGUCACCAGGUCCGAGAUUGAUCUUGAGACUAUCAAGCAGAAAUACCAGGAACUGUACAAAAAGAGCCUGGCGGACGCAAUCAAAUCAGACACGUCCGGCGAUUUCUGCAAACUGCUCCUCGCUCUGCUGCAUUAAAGAAAAAGAAUUUGUUGUCGAAUUUAUUCCUCGUUUCUGUGUAACCCAAAGUAAACUCCAAACUUUUUAUGCAAUGUUAAAACAAAAAGCCAUAAACACCUCUAAAAAAGGCAAAGGGACUGAGUUAUGUUUUGAAACAAAUGCCUUGAGUAAUUUUGUUGCUACAAUAAAUUCUAAAUAGUC